AUGGCGGCGCGGCGCGGGGCGCUGAUCGCGCUGGAGGGCGUGGACCGAGCCGGGAAGAGCACGCAGGGCCGCCGGCUCGUGGAGGCCCUGCGGGAGGCCGGGCACCGCGCCGACCUCCUCCGCUUCCCGGACAGAACCACAGAGAUUGGGCAGCUGAUCAGCUCCUACCUGGGGAAGGAGAAGAACCUGGAGGACCACACCAUUCACCUGCUCUUCUCUGCCAACCGCUGGGAACAUGUACCGAUGAUGAAGGAGAAACUCCAUCAAGGGAUCACGGUCGUGGUUGACAGAUACGCCUUCUCUGGAGUGGCCUUCACAAGUGCCAAAGGGAACUUCUGCCUGGACUGGUGCAAACAGCCUGAUGUUGGACUCCCAAAGCCAGACCUGAUCCUGUUCCUUCGGUUAAGCCCAGAAGAAGCAGCAGAACGAGGGAACUUUGGACAUGAGCGUUAUGAGACCAGCUCCUUCCAAGAGAAAGUUCUUCAGUCCUUCUGCUGCCUAAUGGAGGACAAGACCCUAAACUGGAAGACAGUGGAUGCUUCAAAGAGCAUUGAAGACUUGCACAGAGAAAUCAAGUCCAUUGCAGAAGAAACUAUACAGGAGGUUCAGAAUAAACCUUUGGAAGAACUCUGGAAAUGAAACUUCAUACAGGUUUAAAAGAAUAAGAGAAAGGUCAAGAAUAAGGGAGAGGUCACUUCUUGGAUCUUCUGUACCUGGGUAACUAUGACAUCCCAGCAGCUACAGCUUAGAUCCUGUGCAUUCUUUUGGGUCCAACAUGCUGCUGAUAUUUUUUUAUCUGUUCCUCCCUUCCAUCCUGCAUAGUUUUUAAAAUGAGUAUGCCAUAAUUGUGUAUCAAAUUCCUUGUCAAAACCUCCCUCUCCCCAGCAAGAGCUCCUGUUCCAGCUACAGUCCUGGAGUGCAGAUGUGGGUGUGGAGCCCCUGGACACAGACACAGUUCUUGUUUUUAAGGAAUUGCCAUGUUUUUUAUCACUGUUCCUGUAGUAAAUGCAUCCCCCCAUGCUCAAACCAGUUUGUAGAGGACUGGCUAAUAAACUAUUCUUUUAAGCA